AUGGCAUCCUCUUACGAUAUCCAAACUUAUUUACUCGACAAGUCCAACAUUGAGGACACAAUUCACAAGCAGGUACUCUACUACGACUUACAAUAUGCCGAAGGCCUCGAGGAGGAAGUCUACACGUCCGAAUGCGUUAUUGACUACACGGCCAUGUUUGGCGGCGAGCCCAUAACUUUCAAGAGCAGGGAAUGGGCGGAAGACGUCACCAAUCUGAUCAAAAAGUUUGAUCAUGCUCAACACUAUGCAAGUGGCGUAGUGGUUCGACUGCCGCAGCCGGGGCCAAAGGCAGUCCGGCCCAGCACGGUUACAGCAAUUGGAAAUGGAGGCGCUCACAUGGUCCGUCAGGCAGCCGAAGGUGGACCAAUCACGCACAAUGGCGGACGAGCCGAGUAUGAAGUAGUACGAGUGCCUGAGCUGGAAGAAAAAGGAGAGAAUCCGUGGAGGAUACGAGUGCAAAAAAUCAUUCCAAUUUGGGCGGACGGCAACCUGCGAGUGAUGGAAGUCAUGAGUGAAAGCAAAAUUAUGCCGAAAUGA